UCAUCAUAAUAUUUACCAUUCAAACAACAAUUCACUGUGUGGCACUGUUGAGCUGUUCUGAGUGCGGCAUCAGGUUAUCCCAGAUAAAUCCGCGCAAUAUGAUUAAUAAUAGUUCCCAGGGUAAAUAAUCCUGAUUAUCAUCAGAUAUGGACAAGGCCACGCAUGGAAUGCUGUAUGCGCCCUUAUUUGAACAGUUUUUCACUCAUGAAAUCCAAAGAGGAGGAGAAUGAAAUAUGACUUAUUUUUUAUAUACUCAAAGGGAGUGGUGUAAAGUCGAGAUUGAGAACGAAACCAAUAUUGGAGAAGGCCUAAUCUCUGCUCAGUCUUCUCAUUGACGCUGAGGUGACUCCAGCUCUCCACAGACACAUGCGCAUACCUACCGCAAUUUCUUAUUAUAUUUACUGUACCUUUCCUGUGAUUGCGCUGAUAAAAUGGGCAUGAACUGACUUCAUCAUCAUCUGCGGGAUUUUGGGAUAUAAACAACCAGCGUACAUGUAAUCUAACUUCCCAAGAAGAUCCUAAAGGACAAAGAAAAAGUUUCUGGUAAGAAUCUGUGCGCGUUUGUGCCAAAUUGGUCCUCCGGAAAAACGUGGUCAGUAGCGUGUGCGCGUUAUGAGACGGUGAUCCAGCAACAACAAAAAAGAUAAAAUGCAUUUUUCAAGGAGUGUUCUUAACGCGUUUCUAAUUAAAGACAUGCCGGGGUAAUCCACAUGGGACACCUUCUUACGUCUGCAACCGACAAUAAAAAGUGACGGGACCCAUGCCGGAUGAGCUGAAGCGAACUUCACCACCGGACAGGAGAAAUAAAACGUUAGAGAACUGCGGACUUUCAUCACUUUCCACCCACUUUGAGGCAAGACAGUCAACAGAUGACCACGGCUGUCUUUUAAAUAUAUAAAAGAGACUCCCUGUCUUCAUGUCAUGUUGCACUAGUGCCUGAGGAAGUAGCUACCUUUGGAAAGGCAACGCCAGUGGAGUCUAUAAGGUGUGCAUCUCAUUGAUAAUCGAUACAUAAUCAGGAAGCUCUUCAAAGAAGUAUACACAUCUGCAACUGCUGAAAACAGGGCUCUAAGACUGGACACAGGCAGGGGGGUUCUCUGUGCCCACCUUUCAGCAUGAGCGCACUGCGCACGCUUGUCUUCAUCGGGCUCUUACUGCUGAUCCUCACCGCCGGUUACUGCAAACGAAGAGACAGAGACGACUCAAGUCUGUUGGAGCUUCUAAUGGAUAGAGCGAGGCUUACACAAGAGCGUCGUAGUGAUGGGAAUAUACAUCAUCCUCCCAAAAUCAACGAGCAUUCUGUGGAAACAAAAGACGUUAAUAAAGUUACUAAGACAGAUGGAGAUGAAAAAAUUCUGGAGGUCUUUCCCAGAGAUCUUCAACAGAAGGACAAGUUUAUAAAACAUUUAACAGGGCCACUAUAUUUUAGCCCCAAGUGCAGUAAACAUUUUUAUAAACUAUAUCAUCAUACCAGGGACUGCACAAUACCCGCCUAUUAUAAAAGAUGUGCCCGGCUUCUCACAAGAUUAGCAGGCAGCCAGCGGUGCUCAGAGGGAUAGACAUAGGCUACAUCACAGAAUGCAUCAGACCGGAAGAAAGACCAAGAAAAGUGCCUUGGAGAAAAACAGGGAAAUGAAAUGAACAAUUAUAUUUAUCACGUGAACAAAGCUAUUUUUGCAAUGAAAUGGAACUGCUUCUUUUGAACUUUAACUUCUCGCACAGCUUGUCUGCUGACACAACUGAUGUUGGAACCGAGUUUACUGAUAAUUAUCAUAUGGUGAAAAUGAAGAAAUCAAUGUUUUACUAAAUACGUUUAAAUAAAAAAUGUACUGCUGACAAACAACGAGUGUCGCAUUUAACUGCAUAAGCGACAUUAUAAGUUGCCUUCACAUGUUGUGUUUAAAUAGGUUUUGGUUGAAGAAUAUUUUUGUAGAUGCUUGUGUUUACCGGCUACAUGAAGCCUUUGGUCCAAUAUUCCUCAAACUCACAUUCCACAUAACCAGAAGCUAAAUCCUUUGAUUGAAUUACAAAUUGCAUGAUAUUUCCUUGCCUUUUUUGUCUUUACAAGACAUGCAGUGAUGAAUAGUACUGGUUGCAGUUUAUUAAUGUGAGAGAAAUGUAUACAAAUUUCCAAAUAUUGAAUGUCCUAUAUUAUUUAUACAUUCAAGCUAUUGACUAUCGCUGUUGUCAAAUGUAUAAACAUUUAAGAUCAAGUUCAAUGUGUAAAUAUUGUAAAUAGAAAUAUAUAUAUA